AUGUGGUCGGUUAAAUCACUGAUAAGGUUGCAGAGUGCUAAGUUAAGGGACAAGAGGGCAGCCAAUGGUUGGCCGGUGCCGUCGGAUAGUUCUCGAUUAACGACAACUAGUGAGGCUGAUUACGAUAGUCAUUUAAGAAGAAGACGUAUUAGUUUAAAAGGGACGGAGCGGUUGAAGAAGGUAAACACCAUCCCCGCUCCUCCACAGGACUUAGAGGAGGAGGGGCCGCACCUACUAAGCUUGAUAGGAAGUUUGUUGGGUCGUCUAGCUGGUAUUGCUUGGGGUUCUAUUCCGUUAAGGCGGCAGUCGUUCCGAUCGGCCCAGUCCAAAAGCGGCUUGGCUUUUGUAAUCGCCGCGAACCUAUUCUUGUACAUGUCCGGUUUCCUGAUCACCGUACUCUUCAGUCUUGGUAGCCUUGCACUCACAGCCUUACUGUUUGUGGGAUGCGUCAUAGAUGAGCUACACCUCUAUUGCUUCUGGACCAUGUCCAUUGCCAACGCACAUCAAGCCUACUUGCAGGAACCGGACGCGUGGGAGAUCGCAGCAUGCCAAACGAGUUUCGACUGCUAUAUGGCGUCCGUACAUGCUUCACCUGUGCCCCCGGACGACGAGAGCGAUGACGCACAGAGGAAAUCUGAAGAACGGAACCCUCAAGGUAGGAAUGAUGCGGUGACCGUCUCAGAUAAAGCCGUUUGUUCGGACGAAGCAAUCUUUCGAAAAGAAGGAGUUUCCUCUCGAGAAUGUAUUGGAGAUGCUGCUACGAGGCCGUUGUUUGACAAAGAAAAUGAUCCGGUGGCAAGCAGUUUCCAGAACAGUCCGUUACAAAGCCCUCAUCAGAGCCCUAAGCAUCUGCCUAAAGAGACUUUGGUAUUUGCCGCUGAAACGAGUAUAACCCAAGGUGGCAGUGAGGAAAUGAGCAAGCCAGAUGGUGACCCAGUAUUGGUGACACCUUCGCCAUGUACGCCUGCCCGGCGGCGACAUGCAAAGAAGAGCAAGGUGGUUAAAGCGACGACCCAGGCAGGGAGGCCGACGAAGAUUUAUCCCAACGAUGUGAGGCCUCCGAUGGAGUGGACAUGUUCGAACUGGGUUCACGAGGUUUUUUUCCAGACGUAUGUCUACGUGAUGCACUUAGUCGUCAAGCUUUGUCGUAUUUGGUCUAAGAAGGAAGCAUCUGAUGAGUCUCUGAUAAUCGAUAUGGGUUUGUUCAAGAGAUGGCUAAGUGUAAAGCCGCCUUUGACUCCUCUUUACCCGAAUGAUGAGAUGUAUUUCUUCGAUGAUGAGCACACCCGUUUCCAAUUGAGCAUGCUGUUUAUUACGGAACAAAUGGACUUUGAAACCUUCAGGCAAGCUUAUGUACGACGCUGGAUCACCUGGGAACCCAAGACUAGAUGCAUUUUAACGAAGGUCAUGGGGAGGUGGACUUGGCGCGAAGAUCCACAUUUCGAUGUUGAUAAUCACAUAAAGCACGUUAAACUGAACCUGAAGGAGAAAAACAUCGCCCAGGUAAUGAGCGAGCUUAGCACGGCUGACUUGCCCGAACAGCAGCCGCAGUGGGAAGUGUGGUUCAUAACCCCUGCUAGCGACGGUAGCAAAGCGGAUAACAAAACCACUUGUAUGGGCACAGAUGGGAAACCCCAAUCGCCUAUGAGGGCUGUACAGAAAGGAGAUAUUAGAGGAUCCGGCUACAGUUUUAUUGCCAGCAAGUGGAAUCACGCAUACGCGGACGGUGUGGGUAUGAUGGCCAGCAUUGUCAGUCGAUUGGGCGACGAACCCGUCUCCUUUACUUCGUUGCCUGCUCAUUACAGAAGACAAGUACCCAAGUGGCAGCAGCGUCUUUAUUACAUUUACCAUGGACUGUUCGCUGCCACAGAAAGCCUUCAAUUUCUGUGCUAUUGCGCCUUUGGCACCAAGCUAUACAAAGGUCUGCUGGCGGGAAGUGGUUAUGUCAGCAUGCGCAGUACUGGAGUCAAGCAUUACAGCGCCCCGAUGUUAGUGGAGAAGAAAAAACUGGGAAAUAUAUGUCAGAAAUUACAGAAUUUCGCGAUCGAACGAUAUGCACACACUUUAUGCGCUACUAAAAAUAAGAAAAUGAGAUGGACUCUACCGACGAAUGAUAUUCCGGCCAAGCCCACAAUGAAUGAUCUGUUAUGUUAUUGCUUAUUGAACGCUGUUGGGCAAUUAAAGCAUCAAGAUCGAUGCAAACAAUUGGUGGAAGAGAUUUUGGGUCUUAGCAGCAAGACGCAUGUUCACUGCGGCGGGAGUAUUCAGCCGGUAGUUGAAGGGGUGAACAUUAUUAUUCCGAUGAUGUGUAGGACGUCUAUGCCAUCGGUUAUGGAUAAUUAUACGAGCCUGGUUCCGACGAGUUUGCCGGUUCCGUCUCCUCCUCAGUGGGUGCAUUCCUGCUGCUCAUCGGACUCCUCGUCAGAUCACGGCUCCUCGUCAGAUCACGGCUCCUCGUCAGAUCACGGUUGUUCAUCAGACCCGUGUUACUCAUCAGAUCCGUGUUACUCAUCGGAUUCCUGUUGUACAUUGGACCGAAGAGCCCAGGCUAAUGCGGAACUUGCUGAGGCGGAUAGACGGAGUGAUAUAGCCUUAGCAGUGGAUCAUGUAUACAGGGUAAAACACCAAAUUGACACAAUUAAACGCCAAAACUGUCGUGUAACUUUGUUCCUUAUACUAUACCUAGUCUGCAAAGCACUUCCAGCAGCUUGGGCAUCGCGCAUACACGCUCGAGUCUACCGAAACAUGCAGUUCUGCAGCACCAAUGUCGCUGCGCCCGCAAUCGACGCACGAUUCUGCGACAAAAUUGUCCAUGGGCUCUUCUUCUGGCCAGCCGUCGCAGCAGGAUCCACAUGUGGCAGCAGCUGGAUCAGUCUCGAUGACGACGUGCAGGCCUCAACCGUUAUUGACGAAACAGAGAUGCGACGCGCGAUUGCCCUCGCAAAUCAAAUCCUCACCGAACGAGACCAGCCAUCCCUUACUGAACAAGACAUCGAUCAGUUCCUGACUGAGUUUAGUGAUAUAAUUCCGAAGCUCAUUGAGCAGGAAAUAGAUAGACUAGCUAUGCUUUUAUUGUGA